AUGAUAGGAUCGACAAUUAGUCUGUUAUGUUAUUCAAGUUUUUUUCGACAACAAUACGAAGAAUGUGACAGACAGGAUUAUUGCUUUUUCCUAGAGGAUUAUCCAAUGCUUAAUCCAACCGAUACACAAAAUCAUACUCGAAGUUGUGAUCGGCGAGGUUACUGCAAAACAUUGGUUGAAAAUUUGAACGGUAAAAUUUUGACAAAAUAUGGUUUAACACAUAAAUGUGGAACAUUUAUGGCAGCUGAGAAAACAUAUGCGGAUUUAUGUUGUUGUAAUUAUGAUUGGUGUAAUAAGUUAAUGAUCAAUGAAUCACCAAUAAUAAUAACUAAGAAGAAACCAAUAAGAGAAAGAUGGAAGGAAAAAUAA